CCGGCCGUUCCCGGUUCCAGCCCCGCCGUUCCCGGUUCCCCGCGCCGCCGUUACUCCGAGGCCACGCUGGCCAGCGACUACAGCCGCACCAUGGACCACGUGCUGCGCAGGAACUUCGUGGAGUGGCUGCUGGCCCGGCGCGAGAAGAAAAGCCACGACUCCGCGGAGCUGCUCAGGAGGGAGGCCGAGACCCCAAAAGGGGCCGGGGAGGGGCAAAAAUCCGAUUUGGGAAUUGCGGGAGCCCGAGGGGUCCUGGGACGGCCUGGGAAAAACCGGGAAAAGCAGAGUUUUCCAGCUCUGGAGGGCUCCGAGGGCCUGAGGGAAUUCCUGGAGCAGGAAUUCCUGGCGUGGCUGAUGUCGGGCGAGCUCUGCGGGGCCACGGCCGCGUAGCUCCAGGAUUUCCAUGGAAUUCCCACAGGCACAGCAGGAGCAGGAAUUUACCCACAGUGAAAUAAAGGAAAAAAAAAAAAUAAA